AUGUAUCUCUUGCCUGUAUUCGCCAGUUCAAUCGCCUCUACGAGUGCUUGGUCGCCCUGGUGGCAUCAUCACGGACAAGAAGGCGACGAUCUGAACCUAGCGACCACUUCAGGCCAUAUCCAGGGAAAAGUAGAUCCAGCAUAUCCAAGCGUAAGGCAAUUCUUAGGGAUUCCUUACGCGAAGCCACCGAUAGGAGACUUGAGAUGGACUGCACCACAGACCCUUUCACAGCCGAAUGCGCAGGUCGAGGCGACUGAACUCCCUCCCAGCUGCAAUCAGUUUCUCUCCAACACCGGGGAUUCUCUCUAUACCAGAGACGUGCUGCAAUUCAACCUGCAAGGCUUAAACAUCACAGGAAAGACUUCUGAGGAUUGUCUUACGGCUUCUGUAUGGACGCCUGCGCAGAAGCGAUCUGGACGUGGAUGGUGGAAGCGAGGGAUCAAGGAGAAUUUCUUACCAGUCCUUAUCUUCUUCUACGGCGGCGGCUUCUCGACUGGUGGUGAAGAUGUGCCAUAUCAGAUUCCUACGCAAUGGGUCAAUCGUAGUCCAAACCACAUUGUGGUUUCUUUCAACUAUAGACUGAAUAUCUUUGGCUUCCCGGGGGCGCUCGGACUGAAGGACCAAAAUCUUGGCCUACUGGAUCAACGCCUCGCCGUUGAGUGGGUGAAAGAAAACAUCGCUGCGUUCGGGGGUGAUUCAGAAAGGAUGGUGAUCUGGGGCCAAUCUGCUGGUGCAGCUUCAAUCGACUACUACAACUAUGCGUACCCCGAUGACCCAAUCGUGACUGGCCUGAUCAUGGACUCGGGGACUGCUCUGCUUCCUACCAGCGUCAACUUGACGGGAGAAAGCUUCGCUUACGUGGCCAGCCAAGUUGGAUGUGGUGGUCUUGCGAAUGACCCGGUAACGCAAUUGGCUUGCAUGAGGAAAGUAACUGCGAGCACUAUCGAGAACUUCGUGGCGAAUCAUUCAGAUUCAGGCGCUUCGCCGAGUCUCUCAUUUCAGCCUACCGUCGAUGGCAAGGUUAUCUUCGCAAAUUAUACGGAUAGAGCGCUUGCAGGAAAGCAAGCAAAGAUCGUAGGAAAAGAAUCCUGGAACAUGCUGACCGGCACUAACUUCUCGUAGCCUGCAAUCAUCGGCACCAAUCUAGACGACGGCGUCGCUUUUGCACCCUACAACCCGGACGGACCGAACCAGACUGUUGCGCACCAAGCUCUCCUGAAUACCUUCUUCUGCCCAGCGACGGAAACGGUUCGCCUUCGGCAACAGACUGGACGUCAAACAUACAGCUACCGCUACUCGGGCAAUUUCACAAACAUCUCCCCGCGGUCUUGGAUGGGCGCAUAUCACUCCUCGGAGCUGCCCUUGAUCUUCGGCACACAUCUCGACUAUAGAGUUCACAGCAGCGCAUUAGAGUACGAGACGAGUCGGGCUAUGCAAGAUGCUUGGGUUGCGUUUGCGAGCGAUCCCAUUCGUGGACUGGAAAGUCAGGAUUGGCCUGUGUACGAGCAGUUGGGGUUGCAGGAAGUCAGAGAAUUCCGUGCUGGUAUUCCAGCGGGAGAUAUCAGCGUUGCGAAUGUUGAGGCGCAGUGCAAUGGUGCUGUUGCGGAAGGCUUCGUAAUUAUCGAUCACGACAGAACAAAAGAACAUCAGCAGGAAUGA